AUGUCUGCCAUCGGAUCCCUCAUUUUCUGCACAGAUUGCGGCAACCUCUUACCGGAGUCGACUGGAGAUCCUACCAAGGUGCUUCUCUGUGAUGUAUGCGGAGCUCGGAACAAAGAUACCGUUCCCAACACCAUCGUCUCCGAGUCGAAACCAAAUGCCUUCCCGUCGGCACUGAGAGCCAAGAGAUCUGCAGUCCAGACUUUGACAGCAGAGGAUAAGCGGACAGAAGCGCUUACGCAACAUACUUGCGCCAGAUGUGGGAGGAAGGAGAUGUACUUCACAACGGUCCAGUUGCGAAGUGCAGACGAAGGCAGUACCGUGUUUUACACCUGUGUUUGCGGUUAUAAGUAUGCAAACCCCGUCGCUCAUCUUUUCGUCGCGCUUAAUGCUGACAAUUACUCGCAGGGAAACUGCAAACAACUAGGCGCCAGAGGAAGAGGAUAG